UUUCCUCUUUGUACUUCUUUUCACAUAAUCUCUCAUUGAGAUCAAAAUAGCUAUGUCAUUACCCAUUAGCACAGUCAGAAAAGACAAUGUCAGGCGUGUGCUUGCGCCCGUUCCUUGGUGUUGCCGUCUGUACUGAUACGCAGCAUAAUGGCCUGCCAGUCUGGACGUCGAACAUCCAGCAGCAGGUAUCUUUUGACUGGAGCGCCGUAUGCAAGGCGGCAUCGCUUGCAUCGGAGGCAGCAAGCAGCGGGAUUCUUCACCUCCAGAGGCAUUUGCUGGGAUACCAUGCAUCCAACAAUGGCUACAUGCUGGUCCUUCUGUCUGAUCCUUCAUGCCCGCACAGCUUGUUGCGCCAAAAACUCGCCGAACUACUAAAUGUCACAGAAUUAGUGAUAGGACCGAAACUCUCAAGGGCCAUAGCUGCGGCAACUACACGUGUCGAGCUGAAACGCCAGUUAGCUCAGUCGCAAGAUGUGCUUCAGGUCUUCUGCGAGGACCCCGCCAGCAGCAUCGCCCCCUCCUCACCGCAGCAGCCCCCUCUGCCGCCUGGCACGCUUCAGUCCCUCAUCCUACACCGACUGAACGCCGUCUCCUCAUCCAUGACAUCUAACACAACCGCAACAGCAUCCACCGCUGCUACUGCUUCCGGCACCGCCGCUACCGCAACCUCCGCCUCCCCGGCGGAUUUGCCGGAGCCCACCGCCUCCGCCUUCCGCUUGCUGCGCCGCUGCGAGCCCCAUCGCAUCAGCAGCCACCAUGUGGACCUCACUGCCGCCAGUACGGCGGUAGCAGGAAGUACGGCACAACUACCGCUCUCCACGACAACGACCGCGCUGCCGUACAAUGUCCAUGGGGAGGAUGCCGUACUGUUCUCUGACUUUGCCUUAUCCGAACGAGAGCUGGAGGGUGGAGGUGGAGGCAUGGGCGGCCAUCAGCAGCGGCUGUCAGCUGGGUUACGGGAGUCGUUGCUUGCGUCCACACACAUGGUUCGUCCAACGGACAGCCAACUGUGGGCGCUCAUCCUUUCCGAGCUGCAUGCUUUGGAUUCGGCGCACGGCGGUGUAGCUAGCAGUCAGCGAGGGCGGCCGGGCCAUGCGGCACCCGGCGCCCUGGCUGCCCCGGGCAACCGGCAGCACUGCAGCAUCGACCUCUCCACGCUCCAACCGGGCCUCACGGUGUCCGCCGUCACCCUGCGGUUAGGCGCCGCUGCCGCUCCUGUGACCCACGGGUCACAAGCUGCUUCUGGUGCUGGCGCCAAAAAGGCCGCGAGCGGAAGCAGUAGUAGCAGCAGCAGUCGCAAUGCAGCUCAGCCUGUACGACAGCACUGCCACGUCGCGCUGGUGGUAGUGUACUUACUGAUGGACGAGCGUCAAGCUGUAGAACUGUAUAGCGGCGGCGGGCGUCGCUCGUCGUCAGCCGGCGGCGCCGCCGCCAUGACGGUACGACAGUCCGCCUUCCGGGGCGUGCCGUACACUGUGGUGUCAGGGCCCGCAGCAGCCCCACCGGGGGCGCUGGCUGCGUUGACGGCGGCCGUCGACAUGUACGAGCAGGCGUUUCCAGCGACUGUGGAGCCGCUCUUGCAAGAGGCACGACGGUUGGCAAACGAACUGCAGCAACAACCGCCGCAGCAACAACUGCAGCAGCAGCGGCCCCAGCCAGGCAGCGAGCGGGGGCCCGCUAGGCUGCGUUUCGAUGGCACCAGCGAUUUCGGUGUGGUCAUCACCAGCAGCGGCGGUGGGGCGUAUGAGGAGGGCGAUGAUGAUUUUGACGCGGGGGCGCUGAGCCCCAUCCUGCAAGGAUCGCUUCGUGCGCCAUCCUCCGCUGGCGCUGCCGGCAGCGACUCUCUCUCCCAGAAACAGCAGCAGCAGCAGCCUUCCGCGCUGCAGCUGCAGGAUCGGCAAGACCAGCCCUACAGCGUCUCCACCAGCCAGGACUCCAGACCCCGUCGGCCUUCUCCACUGGGCGCUGCCACUGGCGGUGUCGCUUCCUCAACCGGCGGCGGCGUCACCACUGCCGCCGCAUCCAGCAGCAGCUCUGGCGGUGGCGCAUUAUUGGGCAUUGGCGGCAUCGGUGGCGGCGGCAGGCCAGCGGCUGGGUCGGCCGUCAGGAGCAGCGGCGGGGGCCUGGGUACCCUCACCGCCCCUCCCGACUGGAUGCUCCCCAGCAGCGGCUCGGGCAGUGCUGGCAGCAGCCCUGGGGGUAGCCCCCGGCGGGGCGGGAGUGAGGCAGGCGGAGAGGGAGGAGGCGGGAAAGGCCGGGAGGAGGGGCCGUCUGGGAAAGGAGCACCACCAUUAUCAGCGGCGGGGGGAAAGGGAGCGGCUCUGGUUGCUGCGACAGUUACAGCCGCUCCGCAGCAGCAGCAGCAACGUGCGGCUCGGUCCCUGUUGGGCGGGCCGCUGGGUGGUAUCUUUGCCGCGGAGGCGCAGCUAACGCGGGAUGUCGCAGCCCGCGCGGUACCAUUGCCGGCGCUGCCUUCGCAUGAGGUGCAGGGGCAGCAGACAGGAGCUGGCGGCCAGACUGCGAAAGGGGGAGCCGCAGCACCCUUUUCUUCAAGUCCAGCCAUCAAGACUGACCUCACAGCGGCACACGCACCAGACCAUGACUCAUCCGACCAAGCCGUACUUUCGUACGACGACCCCUUACCCUCCCAACCCUCACCCGCCUCCCGCGCACCGCAAACCGGCGACGGCUCCGGCAGCAGCAACCCUCGAAGCAGCCUGGUCCGGAAUACCAUGCCGCUGCUGUCCCUCACGCAGCCCCUGGCCACACGACCAAACCGGCAUUCCUUCCCGGCCCUGACAGACCUCCUUGUCACAACCGCGCCGGAGCUAACCUCGCCGCCCUCCGCGGCAGCUGCUGCAGCCAGAGGUGGAGGCGGAGGCGGCGGUGAUGGGGACAACGCCGGGCCGUCGCCCAACUCCUCUUUGGGCAGCUUUGGGGAUGAGGACACAGUGGAUCUGUUGGCGGGUCUGACGGGCGGCCGCAAACGCAGCAGCGCGGGCGGUUCGCCUGCAAGCGCGCUGCGCACGCCGACGCUGUGGGCAUCCGUGGAACGCACACCAGGUGCUGCAGGGAGUGCCGCAGGGAAGGGGGCUAACGGUGCCGGAACAGCUGCGGGAGCAGCUGCUAGUAGUGAUGCAAAGGCGAAGGCAGCAGGUGCAGCAGCAGCAGUACUGUCAGGCACUGGGGCUGCUGCCGCAGCGGCGGCACAGGGCGUCAGGUCCAGGGCUCAAAUUGGUGCUGCUGGUACAGGUACUGGUACCGCUGCUGGGGUUCGCAGCUCACUGGGAAUCUUGGCGGGUACCCUUCGGCGGGAGAGCAGCAGCAGCAGCACAGCCAGCAGCACGGGCAGCAGCAGCGGAGGCGGCAACGCACACACAACUGCCAAAAGCACUGGCGUGUCCGCCAAGGGUGCAGCAGCAGAGCCACCGGGUGUUGUCACGAGCCAAGCAGUGCAGGUGGUUGGCGCUGCCGUCGUAUCUUCAGGUGCUGGCGCUAGCGAUGGAAGCAUUGGGCUUUCAAACGCUGGCAACGGCAGUGGCAGCGCCACCGCUCCGGGCGCUGUUGGCGGCGAUGGCGGUGCUGCUCCUGGUGCUGCCGGCGCUGGCAGCGGCGCGGGGGAUGACGGUAACGCCAGCAGUGGCCUCAGGAUCAGCAGCAGCAGCGGCAGCAGUAGCAAGAGCAGCAAGAGCAACCAUGGUAGCGGGCCUGUAGCCGUGAAGAAAGGCGCGGAGAAUACCGGUCAGCCUCUUGUACAGGACCCUGAAGGCAGCACCCUUGCGCUUACUAACCCUGUCUGCAGCACUGACGUAAAGGAGGGCACGGGCGGUGGUGCUGAAGCCAAGGAAGGCAGCCUUUCUGCCGCUACCGCAACGACAGCAGCUACUGCACAACAACCCAAAACAACGCCACAAGCCAGCCCCGACCCAUCCAACACCGCCGCCGUGGCCCCCGGGGCUGCCUCCAACCCUCCUCCGCCUUCCAGCCAGCUAGCCCGCGCCAACAGCCGUCCCGCCAAUCCCGCCAAAGCCCCAACCGACGCAUGGGACGAGAACGGGGAGGAGUCGUCAUGCACGCCGUCGAAGCAGCAGCAGCAGCUCCGGACUCCGAAACCCAAGCUGAGGGGGUCACCAGGGGCUAGCCGGCGCUCCAUGACAUCCUCCCCGGGUGCGGCUAGCUUCACAAGCAGUGGCGCAAGUCUGGUGCUGGACUUCAGCCUCUCCACCACAGAACGUUCCACGGGCGUUGACUCGACGACCACAACCGCAGCAGCCGCAGCAUCGGCAAGCACUGCUGGUGCUGCUGCUGCCACAAGCAAGGAAGCGACCUCUGGGAGCGGUGUUGCAGCCGCCUCCGAGGGGGCAAUGCCGAAGGAAGCAUCACCCGAUACAGCUGCCGUUCAUGCCACAGCAGCCCUUGACCCUGGCGGUGUACUCCCUGGUACACGGGCGACUGCAAUGGAGGGACCCACUCCAGCGGGGGAGCCCCUGGGUGGGUCUGCUGGUACGAUUGGGGGAACAGGAGGGGAUACGGCAAGCCGCUUGGAAGCAAGCCGGCAGCAACUCGGAGGCACGCCUCGUGAGACGGUUGAGGUGGCAGCAGCGGUGGAACCUUCUGCUGCUGCAGCGGCGGCAGGCACCGGAUCAGCAGCACCGGUUGUAGGGCGUAUUGGGCGGGGUGUCAUGGAGGAGAGGCAAAAGCGGAGGCAGAAAGGUGGUGACGUGGACAGCGGCGCCAUGCGGUCAACGCAUCGGAGGCAUGGCGAGCGGCGUGAUCGCCAUGCACGGUCGCAAUCGCCUGGCAAGCCACAUGUCGGUCAUGUUCACCGCCGCCGCCACUGCAACCGCAACCGAGAUGAGGACAGGUGCCUCAGCCAGGCAGCUUUGUCGCUCUCCUCCUCCCUCUGCUCCUCCUCUUCCUCUUCAGCUUCGUCCAAUGAAGACGGCGCCUCCGCUUCUGCAUCUUCCCCUUCAUCAUCAUCGUCCUCAUCCGCAUCACCGUCACCGGAGCGAUCAGCCCGCAGAAACCGCUCCGAAACUCCAACUCGCCAUCACCAUCGCAGUCAUCAUCGCGAUCAUCAUCAUCAUCAUGACCGUGAGAAGCAACUGCGACGGCGGAAAGCGGCGGCAUCUUCUGAGCGAAAGGGCAGCCAGCAGCGAAGCCGGGAAGCGAAAAAGGAGCCGUCGCCGCACCAGGAGCAAGGUGUGCACUACCACCACUGCAAGCAGUACUAUCACAACUACCACUACCAAGACGGUUCAAGUCAGCAGCAACAACAGCAGCAGCAGCGGCAUCACGAAAGGCCUAUGGACACCAGCGCCGCCUAUCCCCCUGCCUUACCUGGCUGGUCAUCGCGUCCAUCUCCGUACUUUGCGCCCUCAUCGUCGUACGGUGCGCAAUCGUACACACCACACCCACCUCCGCCUGCUCACUACCCAGACGCUACCGUCGGGAGCAUGGCGGCUGGGGCCCUCGCUUUCAUCCCGUCAACCUGGUGCUGGCCGCAUCCGCCGCCCUACCCGCCACCACCGCCGACGCUACAUCACCAAGGGUACCCAGCUGCCGUACAACCGACGUCAUCACAGCUGUACGGCGCCUACGUGCCGUACCCGGUGCCUCAGCAGCAGCAGCAGCCCAGCAAUGGCCCGACGGGCAGGCCUGCGGCACCUCCUGCCGGGGGCGGCUCUGAUACGCAGCCAGCCGAGGUGCAACCGUCCCCGCCGCCGCCGCAGCUGCAGCAGCCGCUAUCAACCACCGGCAAUGCGGCGCCUACACACUCGCCAUUCGAACAUGCAGCAGCGAACGCCAGCAAUGCCUCCCCUGCUGCGGCCGCCGCCACAGCCAUUUCCCUGCCCGAAUACCAGCCUUACGUAAUCGUUGUACGGGAGCGUACGGCAGUUGGGUCGGCAGCCUCCCCAACGGUGGACAUCGAUCAGGAUGCUACGAUCGCACCCACUUCUGCUGCUGCCGCCGCCAUCACGGCCGCAGUCGCAGCCGCAUCCAAUCGUUCCCAGCCACAACCUCACGACGGCUCCCGACUGUUACCCGACUGCCUUCGGUCCACCGCACCCAUAACAGCAUACGGCAUGCCGCUACGCGAUGCCGUGCAUUUGGUGGUUGAAACCAUGAACGGCCGAACACGGCAUGAGGCCACCGCAGCGGCCGCGGCGGCGGCAGCGACCGCUCAGCAACAGCGGCUACAACAGGAGCAGCGGGCGGUGUUGCAGCCGGCACCGUCCAGGACGCUGCUGCAGCCGGUGGAGCAACAGCAGGGAGUGUGUACGGAGGUACGAGGUCAGGCAACUGCUAGUGCAGCAGCGACUGCCACUGCUGGUGCGUCGCCGGAGGGUGUGCGGGGUGAGCGCCAGGAGGGCGCGCGUCAGGCUGGGGAGGCGGGAGCGGCAGGGGCUUCAGCGGGUACCUGUUCCUGCAGUGCCGUACCGGCGCCAAGCUGCACAAUGCAGACGGACGUUGCUGCGGUGGCGGUGGCUGCGGCGACGGCGGCGGCAGCAGCGGCGGCGGCGGUGAUGCCCACGCAGACCCUGGUGGCGUUGUUGUCGCAAGGCGCCGGUGCUACUGCUGCGGGAGCGGCGGCGGCUGAGGUACAUCGCCGGCCGCUGGUAGGUGUGGAAGACGCGGCACCUAGACCAACCACAGUGGGCCAAGCUCGGAGUCCAGAGCGAUCUCCCUCCCGCGAUCGGCAUCAUCACGGGCAGCCGUACCUGCCGUACCAGCCGCAGCCGGAGAGACGCCACCGAAGCCAACACCACCACCGCCACCGGAGCCACCAUCACCACGGCUGGCAGCAUCCGCACCCGCACCCUGCUACAGGUGCUCCCCUCCCCCACCACCAGCAGCAGCAGCACUGGCCCCAGCAGGGGCAGCAGUUGCAACACGACCAGCAAUGGCACGCCCAGCAGCCUCAGCAGGAACAACGGCAGCUGCACCUGCACCUGCAACACCCAUACAAUUACCAACAUACUUCCAACCCGCAGCAUGCGCCAGGAACACAAGACCCGCAGCCCCCGCACCCAUUGACAGCAGCAGCACCACCAUCACCGGAGCAUACCCGCAUGUCGCCACACGCUGCGAUGCACCUGCUGCUGCCACCUCCAGAAGGCAUCCUCCCCUGGCCUUCCCAACAGCAUCCACAGCACCACCAUCAUUCGUACGACAUGCAUCACCCUGGCAGCCACCCGCCGCAUCAGCUUCCUUCGCCCCACCGGCGGCACUCCUUCCGCCACAGCCACCGUCACCACAGCGGCGCCGCCGUCGCCGCUGGUGAGGUUGCCGCGACCCAUGGGUCGGCCCCAAACGCGGCUGUGGCGGCAGCGGCGCCGCCUCCGCAAUCAGCCAUGGCGCCUGCCGUAAUGCCCGAUGCCCCUGGUGGGCGCGAGCGCAGUAACAACCAGCGAUCCUGCGGAGCUGCAGGAGGAGGUGUUCAGGAAGCGGUGGCGGCAGGUGAAGGGCAACUGCAGUCACGACAACAGCAACGGUCACAGCGGCAGCCUGGCGAGGAGUGCUCCCAGCACAAUCACGCUAGCGAACCCGCGCGCUCAGCCGCAGCCCUAACACUGCUGCCGCCGCCGCAGCAGCAGCACCCGCUAGAACAAGGGCUAGUGCAGUCCUCGAACCAGCACGCUCAAGAGGAGCCGCAGCCGCAGCGCGAGGAGCAGCAAUUUCAGCUCUACACAGGCCCUCACUCCGCCGUUGUGCCAUGGAUGCGGCUGCUCGCUGGGGAGGUCAACCAGGCGAGGACAGAGCGUACGGCACUUCUGGUGGCGGAGUCUGAGGCUGCGGCUCGCGCAAAGGCGGCAGCUGCGACAGCGAACGUUGCGUCGUUGUUUGCUUCCGCUAGGUCGGCUUCAGGGGUUGAGGGCUCCAGGAAACUGGUUGCAGCAGCACAUGCGCCGCGGAACAAUGCUAGCCAUCAAGGCUCCUCAUGGGCUGCAGCGGCACCACAAGCAGCCCAGGACAAUGCAUGCAGCGUCUCCGUUCCUUCACCUUUUGCCGCAGUCACACCAGCAACUGCAGCGGCACAAGCAGUAGGUGGUUCCGGCGGUGUAGCGCCACUACGUGAGAGUCGCAGGCAACCGCUGCAGCCAUGCGGCAGCGGCGGACACAACGGGUUUGCUGCUCACGACGCUGCUGCCAGGGCUGCUGCUGCUGCCUCUGCUGCUCCAGUGCCAUCCCAGCAGCGCGACUGCAACAGCAAUCAAGCAGCAGACCCACGGGUCACCCUAGGCAGCCGCCACAGCGGGCCGCAGGUUUCAGUGUCAGGCGUCCUGGGUACGUCGCCCUCCGCCAGCCAGGUCCCGGUAGAGCUGUCAGCCUUCCUGAUGGGGUCUCCGCCGCCUCCAAGCAUGAUAGAGGGCUUCAUGCGACCAGGAAAGGCUGACAACACCACUCACACCGCUUCUUCAAGCGGAGGACCCCACCGAAAGCACGACCGCGGCAACGGUAACAGCAGCCUUUCAGUGGCAGCGGUGUCAGGGGGUCCGGCUGCAGUAGAGUGCCAAAGCGGCAAUCACCGGGGCGGCAGGGGGCCGCAUGGUGGCAGCGGUGCGGCGACGCUAGAGCUCGUGGAGCUACCGGGCGGGGG